AUGGCAUCCGCCAAUGCUAUCCGCCUGGCAGGCUUCGGGCUAAGGAUGCUUCAGCUCUUAUCGUCACUGAUUAUCGUCGGGGUUUUUAGUUAUUUCCUUGCAGUUCUUGCUGAUCACAACGAGCAUGCUCCAGAAUGGCUGAAGGCUGUUGCCGGGAUAGCCGGAGUGGCUGCGAUCUACGCCAUCCUCACGUCGUUUUUCAUUCUUGCGUAUGGAGGACUGUUAGUCUUCUCUCGUAUAUCCAUGAUGUUCGACGGAAGUUUCGCCGUCGCAUUUCUAGCUAUCUGUCUUAUGACUCGCCACGGUGCCCUCCCUUGCACAGGACGCGUAACUACGCCCGUUGGAAGUGGUGAUGCGGAAGACCCAGGUGCAGCAUUUGGGGACGAGGAUACGGGAACUGGCAUGGGGGAUAAUCUCACUUCCAUGCGAUACCUAGCUACCGCGUGCAAACUAGAAAAGGGGACCUUUGCCGUCUCUAUCAUUGGAACGAUUCGUCCACGCUUCUGGCCAAGACGGCAAACUCAGGGCUCUUCUACUGAUCAUACCGUUGAAUACAGCCAGGCCCCUUUGACCCCUGGUGCCAACUCGCUGGAGGACAAGCCGAAGGUGGAAAAACCUCGCUUCACAAAUUUUCUCCAGCGCUUCGGCGGGAAUGAUAGCAACAGAAAUACUGAUCCAGAAAACAUCCAGUUGCGGCAGGGUAUUCAAAGCAGCAAUCUUCAAUCCGAGCCUUCUAGCUAUGGAUAUGGGAAAAAUACAUACACUGUUACAAGCCCAGACAGCCCCAUAUCGCCCACUUCUCAGGAGCCACCCAACCCGUGGGCGAGAUCUGGAAAUGCGGAUUAUACCUAUGGAGAAAGCGGUAUUGAUGUGGUUGGGCAUGAGGCUACGGCUAUCUACUAUCCACGGGUUAUUGAUAUUGUUCAAUUACAUAAAUUCUUUCCCAUCUCCCUUGAGACAGGCAGACCAAGCAGUCAAAAUAAAGUUCCUUUUACCACAAUGGGCAAAUGGUUCCUGAGAAGUCUUCUCUAUCUGUGCCUUCACUAUCCUUUCACUCCUGAGAUCUUUGUGAAGGGAAUUCUGGGAUAUACCUAG